UCGGGAAGAAAAGGCGAAUCGGAGAGAGUGUGUGUGUGUGUGUGUGUGUGUGGGAUCGUGUCACGUGACGUUGAAGGGCCGGUUGAGGCGUCGCGCGGAGCCCGAGAAUUCGCAUUGUAGCCGAAGGUAACGUCUGGCUGAGUCAAAUGUCAUCAGAAGGCGUGACCAUUACUGUUCGGCUGGUUCGCUCCUUUGAGCACCGUAAUUUCAAACCUGUCGUGUACCAUGGUGUUGACCUGGACCAGACUGUAAAGGAGUUUAUUGCAUUUGUGAAGAAUGAUGUGUCAUUAAGAAUGGGACUUCCGCCUCCCUUUAAAAAGUUCAGAUACGACACAAUGAAGAUUAUUCACCAGGCGCAUGGCUCUAAGACCAAUGAACUUGUUGUGAGUUUAGAAGAUGAUGACAAACUCAUUUUGGCAGAGGACGGCACCCUGAAAGCAGCCGGAAUCGCACAUGAAACAGAGUUAGCAUUUUUCUGCAUGGAUGAUUACAGAGAAUAUAAAGCCAAUCCUACUGCAGCCUGGUGAAGAUUUUGAGACUUGGAGAGAAGCACCCCCCCUCGGUAUUUUUUCGAUAUAUCCGUACAGAAUAUACAUAGAAAAAUAACAUAGUAAAUCUUCAAGCAAGCAUCGCAUGACCCUUAUAUCCCGAUACUGGUGGAUUAAAAAUACAGAGACUAUGUACAAAGGGUUCUCCCCCACCCCACUGUAACUUUUAUAAAAGAGACUAACUGCUUUAACAAAAUGAGUUCUUAAAUGUUUGAUAUGUGUGUGUGGGGCAAAGAAUGUUCAGUGUUCGACUUGAAGGAGCUGGCCUGAAACUUGACAUCAUCUUACGAAGACAAAUUUCACAUGUGAAUGCAGUAAAGCAGUUGGCCUUGGGUUUAAGAAACGAUGGAUGCAAAUGUAGCAACUAGAUGGGCUAUCACAUUUCGACUACAAGGGAUCAUUAUAUACGGCCCUCUUGUGCACCUGGAAACCUACUCUUUUAAGGGCUUAGAAGGCAGGUACUUCUUUAAAAAAAUAAAUAUGGAUCUCAAAGUUGUGGAGAAAAGGUGGUAUUCGAGAGAUGACCUAGAUGGAAUGUCUAGAUGUCAGGGAGCACAGCCAUCCCUUGUGAUGCUGUCCCCCAAUUCUCCAGUAGCUACCACCUUCUUCCUUUUGUCCUGUGACCGGGCAGUCCACGCUUAACUUUUCUUGCCAAGUUCCUGGGUAUCUUUGAAAGCAGACAAAAGGAUGGGAAGUCAAUGUAUGUAAACAAUGUUCAGAAGGUGCUUUUUAAGCAGCAAAGUUAACUGUGGCUGGUGCUUGAGUGCACUCUUUGCUUCUCACUCUUCCAUUCUCUUGUGGAGCACGGUGAAGGAAUCCUAACGGGCUACGUGGGAUAAAGGGGGAGGGAGGAGCAAGAUCUGUGAGUCUGUCAUCAAGCCAGCUUCAUGCACAUUUGAACAAGUGUGGUUAAUUUUGCAAGGCUGCAUUCAGAUGGGUGAAUUUUGGGAUGAAGACUAUUGUGUGCAUUGCAGCCAUACUCUUAUUACUCUCCUGGUUAAGUAGCUUCUUUAUACAGCACCAAAGGGAACACUACUUCCUAUCUAAGAGAGACUUUGCUGAAGAACUGUGACCCAUAUCUGCUGUC